AUGCGAGCGUCGUUAUACACUCCCGGCAGACCACCGUGUGCACAGGGCUGAGGUAUUUUGAAACUGGUUGUACAGGCACAUUGUGGUGGGAUAUUGUAACCUCUGUCUUCAGGGAAAGCGGUUGGUGACGAAAGGACGCCAUUAUGAUCACAUUUUGUUUCAUUGGAGUAUGUGUGCUGUUGUUUGGGCCGCUGGUCUCAAGGGCGUGUAACGUUACGCUCUAUGCUCAAGGGGAACCGCUGAAUUUCACAUCUCCUAACUACCCAGGCAACUACAUAAGCAAUGACAACUGUUAUUGGGACAUCUACCCUCAAACCAGAGGGAACAACGUUGUGCUCGACAUGGUGUUCUCCGAUAUUGAAGACUCACCCGGAUCAACCUGUCAAUAUGACGCCCUUACCAUAUACGUAAAAAAUAAUGGUGAUCAAAGAAAAGCCGAGUCAAAAAGUAUUUGUGGACAAAGCAGAUUACAUUUUAUUACCCGUGAAGACCAACAUUUUCAUGCUGUUUUCAAGACUGAUGGCACUGUAACCAGAGGCGGUUUCCUAAUUAGAUAUUAUGAAACAGACGGUCACUCUUGUGGAGUAUCAGAUCUCUCCGCCUCUUCUGCUGCAUGGACGAACUUGACUUCCCCUGGCUAUCCUUCAAACUAUUCCAACAACCUAGACUGCCGGUGGACAAUUUCUGCACCCGUUGGAUAUGAAAUUAAAGUUGAAGUUAUGUAUUCUAAUGUUCAAAACUCGACAGCUUGUUCAAGCGACUACCUUCUCUUCAGUGACGGUUCCACAUCUUUCGCUUCUCAGUUGGGAAAAUAUUGUGGUCGUAGUUACAUCACCAGGGUAGUCGUCAGCUCCAGAAACUACAUGACCAUCACAUUCCACACCGACGGCUCUGACACAGCACCAAGAUUUAAUCUGAAAUACAAAGCUGGAACGUUCCUAACAACUACUACAGAGAGAAAAAAUGAGCUUAAUUGUGGAAGUUCAUUGCUCAGCGCCUCUACGUCCACCUGGAGAUAUUUGUCGUCUCCUGGCUACCCCAACUACAACUACAACAACAUGGACUGCAAGUGGACAAUUUCUGCACCCGCUGAAUAUAAAAUAAAAGUUGUAAUUAGAGUUCUUGAUGUGGCGUUCGUGUACAGGUGUGCAAAAGACUAUCUCCUCUUCAAUGACGGCUCCUCGUCUGACGCUACUCAGUUGGGUAAAUACUGUAGUGGCGACAGGGACGUCGUCAGCUCGAGCAACGCCAUGGCCAUCACCUUCCACACUGACGGCUCUUUCUUCGGCAAAGGAUUUUCUUUGAGAUACAUUGCGCGGACGUCAGGUGCGAAAGAGCUUAAUUGUGGAAGUUCAUUGCUCAGCGCCUCUACGUCCACCUGGAGAUAUUUGUCGUCACCUGGCUACCCCAACUACAACUACAACAACAACACGGACUGCAAGUGGACAAUUUCUGCACCCGUUGAAUAUAAAAUAAAAGUUGAAAUUAUAGUUCUUUCUGUUGAUUCCGUGGCCGGGUGUGCAAAAGACUAUCUCCUCUUCAAUGACGGCUCCUCGUCUGACGCUACUCAGUUGGGUAAAUACUGUAGUGGUACCAGGGACGUCUUCAGCUCAAGUAACACCAUGACCAUCACCUUCCACACUGACCGCUCUAUCACAGGCAGAGGAUUUUCUUUGAAAUACAUCGUGCGGACGUCAGGAGGGCUUAAUUGUGGAAGUUCCUUGCUCAGCGCCUCUACGUCCACCUGGAGAUAUCUGUUGUCUCCUGGCUACCCCAACUACAACUACGACAACAAUAUGGACUGCAAGUGGACAAUUUCUGCACCUGCUGGAUAUAAAGUAAAAGUGGAAAUUAUAGUUCUCUCUGUGGAAUAUGAAACCACCUGUGAAAGAGACUACCUCCUCUUCAGUGACGGCUCCUCGUCCUACGGCACUAUGUUGGGUAAAUACUGUGAUGGCACCAGGGACGUCGUCAGCUCCAGUAACGCCAUGACUGUCACCUUCCACACUGACAACUCUGUGACAAAAAGAGGAUUUUCUUUGAAAUACAUGGCGCGGACGUCAGGUUGUGGCACAGAGGAAGAGAUAAACGGAUAUGAAACGAAAUAUAUUGAAUCACCGAAUUAUCCUCUUGACUAUCCCGACAAUGCGGACUGUUCAUGGACAAUCAGCACUGAUGUUGAAGGAUAUGUAAUCCAUGUGAAAGUGGAGUUUUUCUACCUUGAGCAUGACAGCACGUGUUCCUAUGAUUAUGUGCAGCUCUAUGACGUCAGGGGAACAUAUGAACACUCGCUUGGUCGAUGGUGUGGAUCGGAUGGACCAGAUACACAGAGUACAGGGAGGAGUAUGAAGGUUCGAUUCCUCUCCGAUGCUUCGAGCACCUUCACAGGAUUCAAGUUGGCCUUCACUGCCGGCGAGCCAACAUCUUCCUCGUCUUUUUCACUGAACUUUGGAGGGGUCAUUGGAGGGGUAUUCGGCGGCAUUGUGGGCGUGGCUUUAUUAACGUGUUGCUGCUGUGGAAUUUGCUCUAGGAAAAAAUCCACGACAAACGACCAGUCACAAAGGAACAGAUCUCGUGAAGCCAACGUGAACAACGUCUUCUCCAUCCCCCUGCCCAUCUACCCACCAACUACGGCUACUACUCUGCCGGCUAUGUUUACUCCACCCCCAGCUUACAGUGAAGUCGUGAAGGAUGACCCCCCACCCUACUGUCAGGCAGUUCCACUAUCAGACAUACAGCCCAUUGUGACGUCAUCCCCUAACGACGCAUAUGAAGGGAUAGAUAACCCAGCAGGCCCGAGUUGAGUGACAGUUUCACAUGAUGUGGACACAUACAUGAAUACACACAAAUUAACAUAUUUUUUUAUGAAAUCCCCAAACUCCAUCGACAGCAAAUAAAAACACCGUCAAAAAUUGUUCCAAAGAGGUAUAUUUAAUAUUUUCUAAGAAUAUCUACCACCAUAAGAAAAUGCAGUUAUCUGUAUUCUUACAAUAUCUGGUUCCCGAUCUAUUUGGGUCAUGUGUGAUGUUGAUUGUUGAACUGUGCAUAACCAAGGAACAGAAGUCACGUUUUACAAGUGAAAGAACUUUCACCAACUGAUCAGUAGUCAAUUAAGACUAUCACAAUCAUGCCACAAGCAUGUCACAAUUGUGAAUGGAUGAUAAUACAGUGACCACGAUGAUAUGGUAGCAUAUACUUAUAAUUGUUUUGUUAUUUGUUAUAAAACUAUUUUGUAUAUCAAAUGA